UGCAUUAAAAAAUACACAUACAGUGCCAAAAGUACACAAGAUUACUAAAAAGAAAAAUAAAUACGACAAUAGUAAAAAAGAAUUCGAGAAAAGAUAUAAAAAGUUGAAAACAUAUUAGGAGUUAAAGAAAGUACAGAAAUGUCCAUAACUGGAGCUGCAGUGCCUGCAGUACAUCCCUUCACCUGCGGAGGCCAGCAGCGUGCUCAGUACGGUUUCUACAGCUGCAGAAGAAGUAUGGUGCGCACAUGCGCAGUAGCAGGAAGUGCCGUUUGUCUGGUCCAAACAAAAUCUGGAGGAUUUUUUUCCCCCCUUCCCCGUGUUAAAACCCUGUCGCGGGCUCCGGCCCGACAUCACCUGCCUCCGCUGCGGCUUCUCUGCUGAAAACCAUGUUCCGCGGUCGCCCUCCGCCUAGAGGGGGCUACCAGCCGCCAUACGAAGGCCGAGGUCCGCCUAGGCCCUACCCGGGGCCAGGUUACCGGGAUGACCGGGGCCGGCCUUCGUACCACCACGACUACCGGGACCACGGGCACCAGGACUCCUUCCGCCGCUCCCCUCCGCGGAGGAGGUACCCUUCCCCGGGCGCCGGGAGCCACCGCAGCGGGGAGUUGUGGUCUGCUGCUCCGCCGAAUGAGAGGGGUCCUCCGGCGGACCACAAGAUGGUCAUCACCGUUGGGAACGAGCUGACAGACCCGUCUGGCCCCUCCCCUUCCCACCAUCAUGACAGGGACUACGCUCGACACGAGCGCGGAAGCAGCCGGGGGCGGAGCCGUCCUCGCAGCAGCAGUCCGGACCGGAGUCGGGCCAAAAGCCGGGGGCGGAGCAAGAGCCGACACCGAGGCCAGAGCCGCAGUCCAGAGCACGGCCGGGCCAAAAGCCGCGGGCGGAGCAAGAGCCGGCGACGCAGCAGAUCCAGAUCCAGAUCCAGGUCCAGGUCCAGGUCGAGGGGGAGGAGCAGAGGAAGAAGCCGUGGGCGGAGCCACGGGCGCAGCAAAAGUCGACGGCGCAGCAGCAGCUCCAGGAGCAGCAGCUCCAGUAACUACAACCGGGAGGAGAAAGACAGUAACUUCAUGGAACUGGACCGGGCCCGGCGCCGGAAAGAGCUGGAAGAGAUGCUGACCCAGCCCACCAAGUCCAUUCUGAAGAAGCGCAACAACUCAGACGAUUCUCCAUCUGUCAGGCAGAGCUCCCUCUCCCCUCAACGUCCGGAUGGUUCCAACAUGUCCCGGGUGGCGGAGCAGCUGCUGCAGGCUGUCAAGAGCACCGACCCGCGGGCCAUGGCCUCCAUGCUUGCAGAGCUGCAGUCCGACCCGCACAUGGCCCAGCGGGCCGGCCUGGACAAGGAGAUCCGGGAGAUCCUGAACCUCCUGGGGGGGCCUGCGCCGGCGGCCACAAGCGCGGAGAAAAACGUUGAGGACAUCGACGACGAGGAGAAGUUCCUGUACGGCGACUCGGAAGACCCCAAACCUCCCAUAGCAGCAGAACAAACUCACAAUCCGGGCCUGGACCUGUAUGGAGAAGUGACCGAGGAUUCUCUGUACAUGGACCCGGCCCCCCACAGAGCUGUGGGGGCCUACGCCUACUCGAGCACCUCCGCUCAUGUCCAGUCUCUUCCUCCAACAAACGAGGUGAAAAGCAGCUAUGUGAGCAGACCCAUCAUCGGACCGGACCAGAACAUCACGGUCCAGGUGUCCAACCCCGCCUACCCCCCCGGGACAGAACCUCUGGAGGAAGAUGAGCGCCAGGCGGUGGAGGAGUAUGAGAAGAUCCAAGACCUGCUGAAGACCAUCGGGCUGGACCUGGGGGUGACCGAAAUCAGCAAGAUGGCCGCCAGGACCAAAGAGCGUCUCCACGGCAACAAGCCCCCCCCCAAGACCCCCACACGCCGCCGACGCCACUCAUCCAGCAGCUCCGACGGCAGCCGGCGGGCUCGGUGGAGGCGGAGCCGCAGCGGCAGCUCCAGCAGCAGCGAUCGGGGGGAGAGGGGGCGUGGCUGGAGCAGCGACGAGGACUCCAGGAAGGGCGGGGCUCCGCCCAAAAGAAGCAAAGAUAAGGAAGCCACCGAGACGCCCGUCGAGCCGGCGAAACCUGCGGAGCCCGCCCCACAGGCCCCUCCCCUCACUGCUGGCAUGCCCAUUCCUACGUACCCUCCCCCGCAGAUCCACGGCAUGAUGCCCCCCAACUUCCCCCCGCCGCCCUUUAGCCAGUAUGGGAACUACAUGGCUUACAUGCACCAGCAGUGGCCCCCCAUGUAUCCUCCUCCGAGCAUGCCUGUGCCCCCCCCAACCGGCACCGAGGCCUACCCCCCACCCCUGUCCUACCCCCCUGCUAAAGGAGGCCCCACCGUAGAGGAGAAAGCAGGGUCAGCAAAGGUCGACCACCCGGCGGCGGAGCGGCGCAGCAGCCAGGACAGCCGGGUCUCCGACGAGAUGAACACCGAGAGCCAGAAGCAGAAGGUUCUGGAGGAGCGGGAAAAACUGAAGCAGGAGAGGGAGAUGCGGAUGACCAAAAAGGAGUACCUCAUAAAGGAGCUGGAGCGGCUCCGGAAGCAGCAGGGUGAACUUCUGAGAAAGAAGCGGCGGGAGAAAGACGGACAUAAAGACCCCCUUUUGCAGGAGAUCAACCGCCUGCAGGAGGAGGUCAUGGUUCAGAUCUCCAACCUCCGCAAGGACCACGAGGCCGCAGAGAAGAAACGCAGCGAGAUCGAGAAGGUUGCGCUUAUUCUAGGCCUGAGUCCCUCAGACCGUCCUCGCAAGAGCAGCAAACCCCCCGAGGUGCAGCUGCCGGAGCCCCCACCGAAGAAGCAGAGCAGUCCCGAGAGCCGGCCGGCGCCCAGCAGCUCUGCAGCCAAGGCCAAAGAGACUCCGUCGCCGAAAAGGACAUCUCAUGACACGCCGCCCGCCACCGCUGGGGCUCACACUCCAGCCCCCGACCCGUUUGAAUACUACGAUGCAGGAAACCACUGGUGCCAAAACUGUAACGUCACCUCUGGUUCCAUGUUUGACUUUUUCACACACUUGCACUCAAAAGUGCACCGAAAGACACUUGAUCCGUAUCACCGACCCUGGGCUUUGACUCCUGCAAAAAUCUCCAAGAGCAUACCGACGGAGGAGAAGCAAACCAAACCUGCCAAAGGUUCGGAGUUCAUGGUUCCCGUCAGAGGAUUCUUCUGCCUGCUGUGCAAAGAGUUUUAUGGAGAUGCCAUCUGUGCCGAGGAGCAUGUGGUCACGCAUGCUCACAACGAGAAGUACAAGAAACAAAUGUAUGAGAACCCACUGUACGAGCAGAGGAGGAACCUGGACCGGCAAGCGGGCCUGGCCAUGGAUGUGAGCGGCAAAAAGCGCAAGCAUGAUGACGACGAGAAAGGCAGCAGAGACAAAGAGGAAAAGAUAAAACACAAAAAAGACAAGAAGGACAAGGAGAAGAAGAGGGAGGAAGAAGAGGAGAUUGUGCAGAAAGAGGAGAAACCUAAAGUUAAGCAGGAGGAAGCUGAAGAUAAGUGGAAACAGGUUAGGAAAGAGGAAGAUCUAAAAAAGAACAUGGAAGAGGAGAAGUCCUCCUACAGCAGGAAGGAGGACAAAACUCGGUACAGCAAAGAGGACGAUGACCGGGCAUCCCGCUAUAGAAACAGCAGGGAUGACGACUACCGCUACCGCAGAGAUAAGAGCGACCGCUAUUCAGAUCGUCCAAAAUAUGAUUCCAGCGAGAGUCAGGACAGGUACAAGCAUGCAAGCAAGUACUCCGAUGUCAAAUCCAGGGAGAGAGAUGAAGGGAAGCCAAAGCCUGAGUGGGAACCCCCUAAAAAACCAGAGGCAGACGUACAGGAGGUGAAACCCAGCCCUCCGAAACCUUACGAACUGCCCAAAAUCUUCUGUGGACCAAGCCCAGCCAUGAGGGCAAAGCUCCGCAAGCAGGGCCUGGAGCCUCCCAAACCAACUCCCGGAGCCACCGGCACCUCCUUUGGAAAGUUUACCUGGAAGAAGAAGGAGAACCAGCUGGCAAAGGAAGCUCAGAAAGCAGCGGCAGAGUUCAUGAAAGAAGACGAGGUGGCGUCGAAGGAGGACAAAGUCUCCACUGAUGACGCCCUCACAACUUCCAUGAACUUCGCAAAGGAUCUGGCCUUGAAGUUUGCUGCGGAGCAAGGGCAGCCCUCAGCUUCAUGGUCAUCCAACCGCGGACGAAUCCGUCCAAACCUUCCCGCACCUGCUGCACAGCAGAGGAGACCUGCAAUGACGGGAAAACCUGCGCACCUGAACACCUUCCUCAACAUCAGGCCCCAGGGUGGCAGUGGAUCCGCCCCUGGUCCCGGGCCCAUAGGAAACCCUCCGAAGACUCCACUGUUACCAACACCGCCUCCACAGUUCAUCAAACCUGGACCAUUUGAGCCAAUGGUUUCACCCACGGCCACUAAAGCAGAACCGUUUGGGCCUAGGCUUCCUCCCUCGAUGUUAAAUCCUUCACCUGCGGGAGGAGGUUCUUCUCUUCCACCCGCUUCUGUACCCAGCCCUGUUGGAUCAAAGCCACAAUUUCCCAAAGCAAGACUUACCCCACCAGCUCAGUCAAUGCCCCCGCCAGUUUGGUCGAGGCCCGCGCCAGUUCAGUCAAUGGCCCCAUCAGUUCAGUCAAUGCCCCCACCAGUUCAGUCGAUGCCCCCACCAGUUCAGUCGAUGCCUCCACCAGUUCGGUCAAUGGCCCCACCAGUUCGGUCGAUGGCCCCACCAGUUCAGUCGAUGCCCCCACCAGUUCGGUCAAUGCUCCCACCGGCUCAGUCAAAACCUGCACUGGUUCAGUCAAAGCCUCCAACUCCAGAUCCUAAGCCGACUUCACAGGUAUCCAAACCGGCUCCACUCGAGCCAAAGCCUGCACCGAUGGUGGUUAAUUCUGCCCCAGAGGUAGUCAAACCCUCUCCUACUCAGUCAGGAACAUCUACACCUAUAGGUGUCCAAAAAGAGGCGAAGUUUUCAUCCUCUCAAGCUAAAACUGAACCUGCUGCUACCCCCAAGGCUUCAACGGUUCAACCAGCAAUGAUAAAAAUUGUCUCUGACGUGGCAGCUCCCGGCGUUCCUGACAACGAGCAGACCCGUACCGUGUUUGUUAAGCCUCCACCCUUUAUGCUCAAAGCUGAUGGGGCUCCCAAGUCCGAAAAGUUAAAGAGCAACUUGGCCGCAGCCGAAGCCCAGCAGUUGUUUGGUAUUUUCUACAACAGUGGUGGUCAGUCAGGCCCCUCCUCUUUCUCCAGACAAGAAAGCAACACCAGAGCUGAAAAAAUCAGCAACGGGAAAGCUCCGCUCAAAGCAGCUGAGACUGUCAAGGUCCAGCCUCAAGCCCAAUCAGAACCUCGACCACAGACCCAGCCGGACCCUCCAGCUCAGUGCCAACAAAAGCCACAACUUCAGCACCAAGAUAAACCCCAGACUCCAUCUGGACCCCAGGCUCAGAUGGAGUCUUCCCAACCUACAACCAAGGAGGCGGUGGCUUCCGGGACAAACUCCAGCGAGUCUCUAACAAGUCCUCAAAAGCAGCCCAACUCCAACCUUCAGAUCACAUCAGUUUGGUCUCUUCAGUCCACCUCAGCCUUUGAUUCUGGUUCACCAGAACCAUCAGCUCCACGUGAGGCGCAGAAUUCCUCUCAAAACCAUCCUCCCUCUCCUAAACUUCAAUCGCACACAGUCCCAAACAGGUUCUCAGAGCUGGAACCAACUUCUGAGCCCCUUUCAGAACCUCAGUCUGAAGCCCAGCCUGACCACGAUGCCGCGCCCCUUCCAGAGGCCACUCCAGAGGCCACUCCAGAGCCUAAACCCAAACCUGGUCCUAGAACCAGAGGUAAGGGAGCAGCCGCGAAGAAGACCACUCCUCCUUCAAGGCCGAUUCGACAAACCCGUUCUCAGACCAGAUACCAGACCCGCCACCAGCAGCAGCAGAAUCUUUCCGAUCCAGAGCCAGAGCAGGCUUCAGGGGACUCUGACGCUACAAACUCGGACAGUAAGGGCGUGGAAACGUCAAAUGCAGGAUCUGGAACUCAACUCUCGGAGGAUCAGCCCUUGAUCGAAGUGACUACAGAAACUCUGGGCCUUCCGGCCGACAUGACCUCCCUGGACUUUGGGUUUGAUUUUAACUUUGAGUAGCUGCAGGAACAUUGUGGGUGUCCGAUCAGGACUGGAUUUUAUGAGUUCCAACUGGACUGAAGGCAGCUGGCAAACACAAGGGACCUCAGACUGCAGAAACUUUGACCCUCAGAUGUUCAAUACUCUUCAGAGUUUGGAUUAACCUCACUCUUCUCAUUUUGGAUCACUCUGAUCUCCCCUCUAGCCUCAUAGAAAAUGAACGGGUCACUGCUGAGGUUCUGAAGGAAUUCACAACUAUUUUUUGUAUUUACUUUCACAUUCAUGUUUGUAAGUAGGAUCUUCUUUGAAUCAUUGGUGGACUCAUGAGAACUAAGAUGGGUUCUGGAGAAAUAGGCUGAUCGUUCCUUGUUAGCGUCUACACAUAGCAUCACGAUGUACACUGUCGUUAUUUUCUUUCAUGAUUGAUGACCGACUUUCCGUGUUUGUCUAUGAUGUACUUGGCAAGUGUCAGCUCGGCCGGUCAAUGGUUCCUCCAGUUAGAUUUGUUCCUUCGACUCAUGUUUUAAUAAAAGUUGGUGGAGGAAAAGCA